UAGUAAGAGAAGCGAACAGCCACAGCAGGGAUUUGGGCUUGUCUCUUGGUUUGCUUUUUAAGGUCAAGGUUGUCCCCAAAUGCAAACUGCAGGCGGUAUCCUUCCAGAAGAUGUACAAGAGAUCUUUGCAGAUGUUGAAGAUUACUUGGAGGGGCUGCAGACUGAGAACCUUAGCGCUAGAGCAAGAGUGCAAAAGGAUGAAAUCUUGUCCAGUAUUAAGCAACUUAAAGAGAGGUACCAUUGGGGAUUCCUGCCUGGAGGCAUUCCAGCCAAUUUUUACCCAUCACAAAAUGGUUCAGAUGACAGCCAGACCAAGAAUUUCACCUCAUCCAUAACAUCAGAAGCAUUGAUUGCACCAACCUUCUCAGAAAAUGCUGAGAUCAACUCACAGAAGUAUACUCAAGAUCAAAUAAUCAUUCUAAAACAAGGAUACUUGGAGAAGAGAUCCAGAGACCCUAAAAUCUUUGGCUCUGAGUGGCAGAAGCGAUGGUGUGUUCUCGACAAUAUGGCCUUUUACUACUAUGCGAAUGAAAAAAGCAAGCAACCCAAAGGCAUGUUUGCCAUUGAAAAUUACCGUGCCCAGCUGGCUUUGCACCUGCGCAAGGACUCUAGGAGAAAUUGUUGCUUUGAGUUGACGUGCCCUGGUAAACGCACGUAUGAGUUCACUGCUGCUAACCCUACUGAAGCUAUGGACUGGGUGGACCAGAUCCUAUUUCUGCUAAAAGAUAUGAAGUCCUUUGUUAUCCCCUGUGAGGAGGAAGAUGAUGACAACCAUGACAAAGAGAAGGCCUAUGAUGAUAUAGACAGCUUUGACUCGCCCAGUGUAACCCUUCAUCAAGAAACCACUUUGGAUCUGGAGGAAGAGAAUGCCAAAGAACAGAGUGAUGAGUGCAUUUAUGAAAUCCUUCCAGAUGAGGAUCUUGACUUCCCACCUCCUUUUGAUGAAGAUGAUGCCAAAAAUACAGAGAGGAUAGAAGGAUUCAUGAGAAGUUACGCAAAUUACUAUCAAGGUUUAUGGGACUGUAGUGGUGGCCAUCCAGAUGAGCUCUCCUUCCAGCGCGGAGAUUUAAUAUAUAUCAUCAGCAAGGAAUACAACAUGUAUGGCUGGUGGGUUGGCUUGCUGAACAGCAUGGUGGGGAUUGUCCCGAAAGAUUAUCUCAUGCCAGCAUAUGAUGUGGAAGAAAGAUGAACAGCAGAUAACAUGGGUUUCAUCUCUUCAAAUACCUUUGCUUUGAAGAUGCCAACAAAAACACAACCCAGCACUCUCUUUCCUAUUUCUAAGGAGGAAAAUGCAUCAGCAAAUGUUCCUGCAGGCUAUACUGGGAUAUAGUUCUUGAUAUCUAGGCUUAGACUUUGGCUGCAAUACUUUUCUUUCUUUCUUUCUUUCUUUCUUUCUUUCGUUCAUUCGUUGUUUUUUCAGGAGGGCACUCAUGGGGAAGAAUGUUUUUGAAUGGUUAGGUGAUAUUUCAGAUUAAAUUUGUCUCU